CCGCGCCGAGCCUGCCCAUCGCCGGGGCGAGCAGCGAGCGGGGGCGCGGCCCCGGGACGCCGACCAGCAGGUGAAGGAGGCCCUCAGACUGGCACCAUGACAGAGUGCUUUGACUGCGACAACUGCAAGGAGUCCUUGUAUGGGCGCAAGUACAUCCAGAUGGACAACGGCCCGUACUGCAUCCCCUGCUAUGAUGCCCACUUUGCCAACACCUGUGAUGAGUGCAAAGAGCUGAUCGGCCACGACUGCAGAGAGCUGUACUACGAGGAUCGCCAUUACCACGAGCACUGCUUUCGUUGCUUCCGCUGUGACCGUUCUCUGGCUGACGAGCCGUUCACCUGCCAAGGCGAGGAGCUGCUGUGUAAUGACUGCUACUGCAGCGAGUUCUCCUCCAAAUGCAUUGCCUGUGAGAAGACAGUCAUGCCAGGAUCCCGUAAGCUGGAGUACAACGGACAAACCUGGCAUGAGCAUUGCUUCAUAUGCAGCAGCUGCCAGCAGCCCAUCGGGUCACGAUCCUUCAUCCCAGACAAGACGGAUUAUUACUGUGUCCCCUGUUAUGAGAGCAAGUUCGCUCCUCGCUGCACUCGUUGCAAAAAGACCCUGACCAAGGGAGGAGUGACUUACCGGGACGAGCCGUGGCACAAGGAGUGUUUCGUCUGCACAGGCUGCAAGACCCCCCUGGCUGGCCAGCAGUUCACCUCCCAGGAUGACAACCCGUACUGCAUCAAGUGCUUUGGGAACCUCUAUGCCAAGAAGUGCAGCGCCUGCACAAAGCCCAUCACAGGCUUUGGCGGUGGUAAAUAUGUCUCCUUUGAGGACCGUCACUGGCACCAUAAUUGCUUUAACUGCACCCGCUGCAACACCUCGCUGGUCGGGAAAGGCUUCAUCCCUGACAACGAUGAGAUCCUGUGCGGCGACUGCAGCAGUGACCUAUGAGCCUCCGAGGACACCGUGGGGCAGGGGCUUUCUCUAUUCUUCAGAGCCUUUGUGUCAGAUACCCCAACAACAUUUCAGGGGCAGGGCACAAGGCACAGGAGAUGGGGGCUGACCCCGAACCGCGGUGUGUUCAGGGGGUUCCUGUGCCCCUCCCUGAAGGCUAGAGUACGCUAUGCUAUGGCUCUGUGCAGAGUCAAAGCUAAAUAAAGUUGAAAAAGGAGCUUCAAGACCCCCCAUUAUUUACUCUUUCCUUUUGCUUCCUGUCUGACCAGGCACGAGCUGAGCCCAGGGCCCCAGCUGAGCAAAGGGUUCAGCAGCAGCUUCUGCGUUGGGCUGCUGGAUCUGCACGCUGGCAGCAUGUAUUUGCCCCCCCUGGCACAGUGCUGACUUUUCUUUUUUCCCCAUGUGCUUCCCUUGCUCUGUGUGAUAUAAGGCAGCAGCUCCUGGUCCAUGCGGCUUGGCCGUGCUGGCCUGCGUAGCGGAUGGUUUUGCAGCACAGCCUUUCCGUACGUGUGGCUGGCCUGUGGCGACCCGGGCAUGAAGGGCGCUCUCUGCCCCGUUUGGGAGGUUUGGGGACAUCAGGCUGGAGUGUGGCCAGGAGAAGAGCAUGUGUCCUGCCAGAUGGGAUCCACCUCCACAUUUCUGUAGCCACCUCACUGUUUGCGGGCCAGACCCUUUGCUCUGCACAUCUCCGUGGAGGUGCUCUCACUCGGAUGUGGAUGAGGAGCUCAAAUCGCUGGCAGGUACGGGGCGUUCUGCCUCCACCACCUCCCUGCCCCCUUCCCAUCCAUCUGUGCCGUGAUCUCCCGCAGCUGCCUCUGCGGUGUCUGAGCUGGAGCUGGUGGGUAUUGGCCCGCUGGUGGUCCCCCCUGAGAUGCGCCUGGCCGAGCCCCGGAGAAGGGUGCGCUGAAGGCUGAGAGCACCGAGGGCUUUAUUGCUGCUCCAUCCCUCUCAUGGGGAACCGUGGGAUGGGGACGGCCUUUCUGAGCCCAGCCGCCAGCAGCACCAGUAGCACUGAAGACCUGUUAACUCGGGGAGGGGAGCGCUGCCCCCAGGCUGUGUCUGCGCUCCGUGGCUGCUGGGAGCACUGGAGGGGAGGGUCUGCGCGAGCGCAGGGCUCCAGUGUGGAGGUCAGCCGAGGGGGCAGUCGGGGCGUCCACAACCUGCUCCUGCCAGGGCUGAGCGUCCCCCCCUGCGGCAGGCAGAGAGCGGCGGCUCCCCCAGCCACACUCAUCCCUCGCUGUGUCCCAAACGAGAAGCAAAGCAAAGGUGGCACCUGGGCUGCCCGGAGGAGGGGCCUUGCACCUCCCAAGUCCCUGCGUUGGCCCUAACUGUGCAAAAUAGGACAUCUUGAUCCAUCCCAGUCAGCCAUCCUUGCCCGAUGGCUGAGCUGGCCCUGGGCCCCACUAAGGCCCCUCUGCAGUGGGACGCUCAUGCCUGCCUUGUCUCUCCAUCCCUUUUGCUUCUGUCUUGCUGGGGCACUUAUGCUGACCCUGCUUUCCUGCUUAGACAGCCACGUGCUUUUCUGAAAGCAUCUGUGGUUUUUUGCCUUUUGUACUCUUUUGUCAUGAAUAUCUGUCAUUUUGUAACCAACUGCAGGAUGAAGGGGCUAGCCCCCCCCGGCUUCACUUAGGAACAGAAAAUGUUAUGCAUGUUGAAGUGUUAUUAACUCUGUAUUCAAAUCCUUGUUGAACCCUUGUUUGAAAGCUUUGAUGCAGGCAAAUCAGAGUUUGUGUGUUUGCUAUUCUGAGGAGCUUGGAGCAGUCUCUAGAAGGAAGUGUCCUAAACCUCAGCCUCCUGUGUAUUUCCUAUGGCUUUAUAAUAAACCGUUUUAGUGAUGCUU